AUGUACCUUUUGUUUUUCUUGCGUCAUCUAAUGCAAACCGAAGAUUACGUUCUGGGAAGACCUUCUGUUAAGCUCCGCAAGAUCGAAGCUAUCGCAAUCGCUUGCUUCUUCUCAGCAUACUUAUACAGUGGUAACAAGCACGGCCCCGUCCUUCUAAGAGGUGUUUUCGCCAAAUUAUCAAAGCGCUUCACUUCCUGGCAAAUGGUCGUGAUCACCGUCCUAUGGCUAUACAGCGGUCGCAACUUUAGUAAGAUCAUCGGUCAUGCGCGCCCAGAACCGCUUGAGAACAUUUACACACCGUCAUACUUCAGAACAAUAUGGAUCACGACAGCGCUCGAUGCCGGGUUCUGGACGGCCAUGCCGAUAGGAAGUAAAUGGUUCCGGGACCUUUGUUCCAUCACCUUCACUGCCUAUUACAUGGUCUCCACAGAUCAAGCCGAGGAGAAAGUGCGGAAGGUCAGGGCUACACUCACGUUGGACCAGAUAAGGGCAAGCUGGGAGAAAAACACUUCGCCGUACAUAUCGACGUUGACAAAGCUCCUACGUCCUUGCCAAAUGCGUUACCCCCGCGGGCUGUCCGCAUACCGAGGCCGCAAGACUCUUCAUACAAGGCGCCGGUAGAGGCGUGGCUGUACUUUGAGGGGCCAUUGUCCGCGUUGAAGAGUCACAACAAAGUAGUCUUGGAUAUUCCAGGAGGUGGCUUCGUUGCGAUGAGCCCGAGGAACCACGAUGAUAAACUUAUGAGCUGGGCUCAAACUACCAAGCUUCCAGUGCUGAGCCUGGAUUACAAGAAAGCACCCGAGUACCCGUAUCCAGGCCUCCCAGUCGCCCGCCCGCGGGCGGCGGGCGACGAGGCGGGCGGAUUACGUAAUAGCCCGCCCGCCCACGCCCGCCUUGCUCGCCCGCCCGCCCGUUGCCUGCGGGCGGGCGGGCAGGCGAGCAAAAGUGGUCUGUGCGCAUUUUUUUAGGUAUAUAUUCAUAAAAACUAAGAAUAUUCCUUACUUUAUAAGGGUCUAGGUUCGAUUCCUAGUAAAAGUAAAAAGUAUUGCAUUUAUUUUGUUUU